GCUGUAAUUUAUUGUCGACAUGAUAAUUAAGUGGCCUUGACUGUAAUAUGUAACGGCUGCAGAGAUGGCAACAAAUGAAUGUAAUAAUUAGUACUGAUAAUAAUAUUUUUUCUAAGAAUCGAAAGCUCUCGAUUCGACGACUAGCUUCUUGUUUAUAGAGGAAGUUAUGUUAAAAAGUUGAACGCAAUUUUCAAGUUAUAAAACAAUUUUUUAAAUUUCAUACCAGGCUGUUUGUAUGUAUGGAAUACAUUUUUUACAUUUUAUUUAGUGUUGAAAAUAAAUUAAUAUUUUGUAUUUUUAAAACAGUUAUAGGUUCUCUUUGAAAAAUGAGACAUGGAGUUUCUCUCUUCGCUGUUGGGAUUGUAUGAUCACUAUUAAAGUAAAUUAUAUUGAUGACAUUUUUUUAUAAAAUUGAAUUUUAAAUAAUUUGAUUUAUUGAAAUUUAUUAUUAAUUUGUUUUGUAUGAAUAUGAACAUCAACUUCGUGUUCACGUUAAUUUUUUUUUUAAACGUUUGGAUCCAAUUUGUGAAUAUAUAACCUUUUUAUGUGAGUAAUUUAAUAAUUUAAAAAAAAAAGUAUUAGCUAUUGUCUACUGAGGCUUAUUUUUAUUGCAUUUUAUACACAAUAUAUUGUAUUGCACGUGGCAAAACGCCGGCUAACGACUAACGGACUAACCCAUAAACCCAAUAAUUUACAUAUUGAAAACGAGGCUAGAAGCGUCCCUUAUUACAUCGUUGUCAAUGAGCAUUCUGUAGCAUUCACCUCUUAACCCUGCUUAGAAGCUUUGCAUGUACCUGAGGGCGUCAACCUGAUUACCUUAAUAAUUAAUAAAGUUAAUAUAAGUAGGUAAGCAUUUAAAUAUAUUAUUGAUAUCGUUAUUGAUAUUAACGAAUGAGCUGACUAGUACUAGUUAGUCUACACUGUGUUAGUAGGCCUUUACUUUAUUAUCUAUAUUAUUACUUACUAACCUACUACUACAAUAAGUGUAAGUGUAAGCCUGUGCCUUUAUACUUUAGUCUUUAUUAACUUUAACUGUAGGCCUGUAACUGUAACUGAAGUGAGUAUGAGUAUGAUUCAUGAUAUCAAUUCAAUAACAUUUAAUAAAUGAGUAGUAUAUUAAAUUAUAGGGCCAUAGCAUAAUUAACUAUCAAAGUGGCUAUUCAAUAUGUCAAUACCUACCCUGGUACCAGAAGUGAGAGGUUGGGAUUAAAAAACUACCGGUAUUUGAAAUUGUAUUGUUGGGUUUGUAAGACAAAAUAAGGUAUCAAAUAAAAGAUAAUUGAAUGGACUAUAUUUUUGUAAACUUAAUUCUUCACUUUAACUAAAAUAAACUACCACAAAUGACAUCCGAAUAGCACUGUCACUGAGUCAAUAUGGACCCAGACUUGCAGCACCGCCAUUCGCACCCAGUCCAGGUAUCAAAAAAUGUUCAUCAAAUUUCUUUUUGAACGCACUAUACAAAAUAGUGAAACAAAAUAAUGAGUUCAAAAUUAAAUUUGACACAAAAUUUUAACGUUUGAACUGAAAAAAAUGAUUCAACCAAAUUUCCGUUUGAUAAAAAUUAUGCAGAUCAAAUAUCCGUCGGUGAAAUUUCUUUCAAACAAAUUUCUGGAUACGGAGCUCAAGCAAUGUGACGCCACAUGAAGGAAUAUAAUUGUAGGAAAGAAUUGCACUUAAUAACCCUAAAUUACAGAAGUUUUUAACAUUAUUCUUUUAUACAACAAUUAUAAUUAAGUUAUUUUUAAACUAUGAUACUGAGGGAAUCAGUACAGGUAUAUGAGGUCCGAAAAAUGGCCCCUGAUUAAGUUACAGGACGCCAAGGAGGAGGAGAAACAGGAUUUAGUUGCAAUGACAGUCGUGAGAAUUUAUGGGUAAAUGAGGACACAGGAGUCAUAGAAUUAAGACUACUACCACGUGAAGUAGGACGUAACAGAAAAAAAAUGGUUGGGGGAGGGGGUAUCUUAGUAAAUGCACUAGGGCAGGGUUUCUUAACCUCUUUUUCCAAGCUGCAGGCCCACUCAGUUUUUAACCCCUCCCUAUAAAUAGUAUCGGAACCAGAAUUACAUUGUAAUAAAAUUAAUUUAAAGUAAUUAAAUAAAUUAGCUAUCGUUGUUUUAUUUCUUUAAUUAACCUUUAUAAACAAUAGAACAAAUUACCAAUACAAGCAAUGUUGUCUUUAAGCUGUGCGGCCGCGCAGCUAUCUCACAGAUGCCGCGCAGCAGCUUUGAGUACCGCGCAGCAAAUUUCCAUGUAAGUGUGUGUUUGUGUAUGUGGGCUUUAAAUUUUGCACACACAAAAUUUAUGCUGUAAAACUUUGCACAACUGCAUAAUUUUGCACAUGAACCAACGAACCUUAGAGGGAACAUUGAAUACAAGUAAUGCGUCAACAAAAUUCUCAAGAAAAAUAUUUACUGCUGCUACUGCUAAUCAAAAUGCAUAAAAACUGAUUUUUUUAAAAAAUGGCGUAGCUAGGGUUGGUGUCACCUGGUCCAGUAAGGUCGUGGUGGUGUCGUCCGCCCCCACCCCUGGACUUCCAUGAUGUAAUUCUUCUUGUUAAACUUAGUCCACAGUUUUAAAAAAAAUACAAGAACAAAAACAAUGCUUUUAAGAACUGUAACAUGUACUUAGAAUCGCACAUUGUUAUCAAAGAAUAGCUUUAUAAUCAAAGAAUUUCUCAGAAUUUAGAUAAAUUUAAAGUGUAACACAAAUUUAAAAUGAAAAUAAUUGAAUAAAAUAUAUAUCUUUCACUUCUGGUGUGGCUGUUUCCUAUUCACUACCAGCCCUCCCCUACUCAAUAUAUUUUAUAUUAAUUGUGCUCGGUGGGGGGAAAAAGCUGUCAAGCAAUGAGCAUAAUGUAUGAUGGUUGAACUUAAGUAAAAAAAAAGGCUAAAUUUAUUUUUGGAGGCAAAUCUUUUUUUUUUUUUAAGUUAAGGAUUUUAAAUUAUAUAGCCCAAUAAUUAGACUGGUACAAAUUAAGAAAAAAAAAGGCUAAAUUUAUUUUUGGAGGCAAAUUUUUUUUUUUUUUUUUUAAGUUAAGGAUUUUAAAUGAUAUAGCCCAAUAAUUAGACUGGUACAAAUUCAGGAAACAAAUGACCCAUGCCAUAUAAUGCCAAAUUCUGACAAUAAAAAUGUGAUUACUGUUUUUCUAAUUAAGGAUGUAAUAUAACAACUUUGAAAUAAUACUAAGUUAAAGGCCUACUAUAACUACGGUCACACUGUAUGGCAUGGAAUAUUAAUUAAUACCCAAAAAUUUAUCAUUGAAGAAAGACAUCUUACACGCUCAAAAUACUAUUACUUUUUUGUCAGCUUAUUGAAGUUUCUACCCUACAAUUAUAACAAAAAAGUUUUCAACAUGAACAGAUUGUUUAAACAUUUGGUGAAAUGAGUGUUAGACUCAGUGUUCAUAUUCAAUUACCUGGGAAUCUUGAAAAUGUAAAACUAAAAAGGGAAAAACUAUAUCCAUUUUGUUACUUGGCCUUAAUAUUGUUUAUGUAAUCACAGUAAGGAAUGUACAGUAAAAUGAAAUAUUUAUGAAGGCUAUGACUAUGAGGCAUAUGGAUAUAAAUAUUUAUAAAAUGAAAUUUGUUAGAAAGCUGAUUAAGUUUUAAUACUGAGGAAAUUUACAAUACUAUUGAUUCAUUUAACAAAUAUAUUUGUGUGGAUGUGUUUUGUUUCUCAUUUUCUAUUUCCUUGGCAACAAUAAUGAUCACUUAAGUCAUGAAUGUUCAUUUCAAAUGUGAAAUUUAGUUGGACAAUCUCCCUUUGCGAGACAGACCAGCUUAAUCUUCAAUCUUCUACUUAACAUCAAUCUUCUACUUCCCCCUUACCAUCAAUGAGUUCAUCCUUCCUUAUCUUCUGUUCCCCACUACUAUUGACCAUGCUCUUCUUCAGGAUUUUUCCACCAUACUCUCUCCACCUUCAACCCCUGUGAUUUAUAUAUCACCAGGCAAUACUAUCACCUGACUAAAACAGUUUUUAUUGGAAAUUAUUUAUUUAUGAUUCCAGUCAGAGUAAAGUGAAUUAUGGCUGAACAGAAAGUUAUUCUUGUUACUGGUGGAACUGGAUUGGUGGGUAAAGGUAUUGAAGCAGCUAUUGGACGAGAGGGAAAGCGUGCUGAUGAAGAGUGGCACUUUGUAUCCUCCAAAGAUGCUGAUCUCACGUAAGUUCUAUAUAAUUAAUUUCUUUAGGUAACAGUUUGUGAACAGUCUUUAAACUUAUUUAAAUAACAUUCUCUGAUAUAAUUAUACAUUUGCCAUUAAUUUGCGCAGACAAGUAACAGAAAAUAAUAAUUACAAUUUUCAAGCUAAGAAAAGCUGUAUAAAAAGAUAUUAUUUCAUUUCUAACAAAUAUUCUUGUUAAGUAGCUUUGGGAGAUGUUCUUACCACCUUCUGUUUCUGACUUUUCAUUACAUUUUUUCUUAAACGACUACAUACCCUUUUUGUAAAGACUUUUCGGCAUUUAUUUUAUUGUACUUUGUUUCAUUUAAAUUGACACAUUUACAAGCCAUAGCUAUAAUAAAUAGCUAUAUUAAAUCAUGGUAAUCAAAUCUAAAUGGGUAUUUAUAUUGAUUAUAAUGUCAAGUUUUAAGCUAUGUCUUGCAAUCAAUACUUUUAUUAUAGAAGACCAAAAUAGAAAAGAUGCUGUAUGGAUUGAUAAUGGGCAACAUGUGCUUACCUUGUGAACAUUUAUUAGCCCAAGGGUGAAACCAAAGUGUUAUUGAAGGCGUAAAUACAGAAAUUUGAAAUCAUAAAAUCCGUUAUAUUAAUUUGUUCAUGUUGAAAAACAAAGCCUACUAUGGGUUAUUUGACAUGAUUUAUUAUCUCCUGGAAAAUUAGUACAAAGCUCAAAUUAUGGUUCAGCCUGGUACAAAACUCAACUUACGGUAAAGUUUGAUACAAAAAAAAUUACAGAGCAUGUCUACUGAAAGUCUUCAUCUAAGAACAAAUAUGACCAAUAAAUUUAAAAAAGAUUGCAGAAAGUACAAAGAGAUAUAGUAAUAGUAAUAAGUAAAAUCGUGUAGGGUUUCCAUAAGAAUAUUCAUCAUAUAUCCGACUUUAAUCAUGAACAUUUGUCAUUUUGACCCAUAGAAUAUAAAAAAGAAAGGCAUUAUUACAGGAUACCAAGUUUUGUGUUGUUAUUUUCAUAAAAUACAAAGAAAAGUCAAUAAUUUGGUUUUGCCAAAGAUUUAAAUUUUCUUUCUCUUUGAAGUCAUGAAACAUAAAAUAUUUUUAUAAUGGAAUGAAAACAUUUGUUUAAUCACCAGCAGCUAGAUAUCUACCACAUCCAUUCUGAGCUAGUUGGGUUGUUAUUUUAACUGCUCUUGAUUCUUUUGGAAUCAUCAUCCUUUCAUUUUUCCUGUAGAAAAUAAUCUCUGCGCCAUACUAAAUAAAUGUCAAUUUAAAAUUUUGAAAAUGUGAAUCCACAAGUUUUUUUAAAAAGUGAACUCUGUGGAAAAAGACAACACCCCCCCCCCCACCCCCUCCUCAAAAAAAAAAAAAGUACAAAAUAGAGCACACUAAAAAGUUGAGAGGAAUGAUUGAAGGCGCUAAUAAGCUACUAUAACAAAUUAUUUAAUUUAAUGUGUUUUGAUUACAUUUAGGGAUCGCAAUUCCACUGAGGCCUUAUUUGAGAGGAUAAAACCAACACAUGUCAUUCAUUUGGCAGCUAUGGUCGGAGGACUUUUUCGCAAUCUCAAAUACAAUUUAGACUUUUUUGUAAGUUUUAUUUUAUCUUACAAUGCUAUUUUGUUUCCAGUGCCUAAGUUUUGCAAGUAAUAGCAUAUUUUUAAUAAAACAAUUUAGUCUUUGAUAUUACUUUUGAAAAAUAGCAAGGUUAGUUCAAAAUCAUAAUUGAUUUACUUUAAUAUGGAUUGUACCAUUUUAAAUUUAAUGCUUUUAAAAAAAAAAGUACCUUUUUUAAAAAAUUUAUGUUUUUAGAGAGUCAACUCACAGAUCAAUGACAAUGUAUUGAGCAUCAGUCAUCAAUAUAAUGUCCAGAAGGUUGUAUCAUGUCUAUCCACAUGUAUCUUUCCAGACAAAACCACCUAUCCAAUUGAUGAAACAAUGGUAAUUCAUUUGUGUCUUUUUUUUAACAAGAUAAUAAACCACUCCAUUAUAAAAGUCAGUACUCCCUUAAUAUUUUUAAUGAAUAUAAUCCUUGAACAUUUUAAUUUUUAAGAGGCAUUAGGGAGACAUUGCUACAUAAUACAUAAAACAUUUGCUUGACUCAUUAAUUUAUUUCUUUUACAAUACUGUUUAACGGAUUUGUUUUGUCAUUUACACCCAUUUAUUAUUAAAAAUGUUUGCAUUAAUAGUUAAUACCUUUUGGCUAUCCAGGUUCACAAUGGUGCACCCCAUGACAGCAAUUUUGGAUAUUCAUUUGCCAAACGUAUGAUAGAUGUACAAAACAAGUAAGUGCAUUAAGUAGUGCAUAUUCAGUUGUAUACCCUGACUUGGUAGUUUUAAGCUGGGUUACAUCCUUCACAGGAGGAUGUGCGGUGCCGUAUGUUCAUUACAUACCCCAGCCCAGUGGCCUAGGAAAGGGUUAUGGAGGAGGUGGUCCACCCCAGGAGGCACAUUUUUUCUUUUAUGGAAAGGCAGUGUUUUAGUACAACUACAGACCUGUUUACUCUUACGAUUUUGGCGUACAAUGUACGAUUUUGAGGUGUAAACAUUAUGUAUACAAUAUGUUUAUUUUUUACUAUAAAUCUAAGGUAUUGAACGAUUUUGUGAUGAUAUUGUACGAUUUUAAGAGUUUGAGGGUAAACAGGUCUGCAACUACAGAAUUUGUUUGUGGUUGGGGGGUCGCUUAAAAUCUUGCCCUGCCCUGGGCAGCACUAACACUAGUUAUAGCUAUGCUCCUGCUGAUACGAUCUGAAGACACAUGUUAUACUGGGUAUUACUGGUCAUAAUAAUGGGACACAUUUUCAAAAUUUUUAUUAAAAAUACUGUAGCAUUUGAAUUGCCCUGAGCCAAAUUAGGCUAUGCAUCAUGGCUAGUUUCUUUUUUAAUUUCAUAGUACUCAAAACAAAUUGAGAAAAAAACAAAGCUGAAUGAGGUAAUUGAACAAAAACAAAUUGAAAGAUCAUGUCCUAUCAGUGUUAGUUAAAACCAAGAUAGGUAUGCAACUGAUUAACAAUGAAAUUUGGGUCAUUAUAUGUGUAACUCUGGAACCACAAGAGAAAUUUACUUGGGCUGGAAUUCUGCAAUGCUCCACUUACAUUCACAAUAACAAUAAUAGAUUGGCUUAAUACUUUUUGAAAGAGAUGGAGAGAUGAGAGAUUACAGUAUUGUAAUCCUCAGGCCAAACAUUCUAAACAAAAAGUGCAGUAAGUGAAAUACACACAACGGCUUUAGUGAAAAAUCACCUACCUUGCUCUCUUGGUGGAAAACAUUGUUGUGAGGUCUUCAUAGUCAAGAGUGGUAAUAAUGUUUUGUUCAAUUGACAAUGUUCUAGUCCAUUCAAUUGAAUCUGAGACGUUGAUGAUCUCAAUUUUUAUCAACUUAAAUUUUUGUUAAACUUCUUUCAGCACUUAUUUAAGUUUACCAGUGUUGUUAACAUUUUGUACUCAGUCGUAGCAAUGCGAAACUAAUCUGCCAGUAACACAAGGAAUUGAAGCCACUGUAAUGCUGUUAGUACUUCAUCUUGAAUAAUAUCUCUGAGGACCUUCAGUUCUGCUUGUAAGUCCAGACUAUCUACAUCUCAUGAGUCACAACUUCUCAAUACCAUGUCCCAAUUCACACUUUGUUGGCUCAAAUUAUUCAGAGUCAUGGUACAGAGUUUUUGAAUAUAGAAAGCCAAUAAUGACAACGUGCAGUUGCUGGAAACAUGUCUUAAAGGAAACCAACCCCUGGUCUAUUAACGAGGAUAAAUCCUUAAAGAUUCUUCUGGUAUCUGUUGUUUCUAGUCUCUUAGAUUCAUAUUCAAACUGCUCCUUCGCUAGUGAGUGUGGCAUUCUUUAAACACCUGUUUAAUGUUCGUUUCUGAUGGAAUUUUAUUUGCAGUAGUCAUUACUGAUGCAAACCCUUCUUCUCUGUAUUUGGUGAAGAAACCAAUCAUACACUUUGGACAUGGGUAAUUGCAUAGCCGAGGUUUUCACGCGAUUGACCUGGGAAGGAUAGUAUGGGAACCGGGUAGAUGGCCAUUUGAUUAUCUUGUACCAGUACUUAAGAAAUUACUUUGACUUGAAAUUACAAUGAUAAUGCACUGCUUGACUUUAUUAAUAAUACAUUAUAUCAUAAGUUCCAUACGCUGAGCCUAGGGCAGUUGCCCCAUUUGCCAGCCCUGUCCUUAAUCAGAAUUGAACCAAAAUCAUUCGUCCUAUAAGCCUUAUUUUUCUCAGUUAAAUUUUUUCCUAAAUGUGAUGUAUUUUAUCAACAUUGUAAUGUUAAAAGUUAAUGAUAACAAUUUCCAGCUGAGACAAAUGUAACAAUUUUCAAACAUUAAAACUAGGAUUCAAAGCAGUCUCUCUAGUACAAAUACUGACUCAUGCACCAUUAUAUGAUUAACACAUGAGAAAUUAUGAUGGAAGUUCUCCAUGUAUUUGUAUGUCUUAUACACAAUGAAGCAUCCUAGUAAAACCUGACAGACUUGAUCUAAAAUAAAGAAUCUAAUCAAUAUUAUUUUCUUCAGAGGCUACCAUUUACAGCAUGGCCGUAAAUUUACUUCAGUCAUUCCAACAAAUGUUUAUGGACCACAUGACAAUUUUAACCUUGAAGACGGCCAUGUUCUACCAGGUCUCAUUCGCAAAGUGUAUGAAGCUAAAGGUAAUGAAAGGUCCAUGUUUCAUUCACAUCUUAAUUUAUUAGUUUUUAUUUGUGUAGGAUUUUACAAUUUGUUUUAAAGAAUCGUCAUGGGUAAUUGUUUAAAAUUAUAAUGGAGCUUGGUGAAUCAUAGAUAAUUGCUAGAGAGGCAGACAUAAAUAAUUGCUAAGAGAAGCAAUGGGGGAGGCAUGGAGUUGUAUUUCACUUUUAAAAACAUUGCUACUGAACUUAUUUCAAUGUAAAAGUGUCCAUUCAGUUUCCUUACCAGUAUGUAAAAGCAUGGCAAUUUUACUAGAACCAUGGAUAAACCUCUCAGAGGGUCUUGUAAAUUUCUCUUUUUAAAAUGUACACAAUUUUUGGAAUUGCAUUAGGAGUGUUCAUUUAUUAACCUAAAUAUUUUCAAAUACUUUUAGCCAGUGGCACACCCUUUGUAAUUUGGGGUACAGGAUCACCACGACGACAGUUUAUUUAUUCUUUGGACCUUGGGCGUUUAUUCUUGUGGGUGCUCAGAGAAUAUGAUGAGGUCUCUCCCAUAAUUCUUUCAGGUAAUUUAAAGGUGGUUCUUGAAGGACAAACUACAAAGUAGGAUGCUUUUGAUGAAACCAAACUCUUAGUUACAUUGAAUAAAAUCAAUUUCUUUGAGUUAAAAGUUAAAUCAUGACAACAUUUUUUAAUAAAUCAACAAGGUGUUCCUUCUUUUGUGUUUUGACGUUAAUAGCUUCACACAAAAAACAUUAAGUACAAACAGAAUAUUGAUUUUAUUUUCAGUUGGUGAGGAGGAUGAGGUGUCCAUCAAAGAGGCAGCAGAUUUGGUUGUAGAGGCGAUGGGAUUCACUGGGGAGGUUAUUGUAUCCUUUUGCAUGUAGAAUUGAUUGAUAAUUAUAUGUAAAAUCAAUGCUAGCAAUCAAUUGGGGAUUGACCGCUGUAGCCUAGCCGCAAAGUUUAUUAUGUUAUGUCACAUCCACUUCAGCUUCAAUUUAAUUUGGAUAUUUUAUUCAUAACCUCUUCCAAAAUAACAACAACAAAAAAAUCACUUUACAAAAAUGACUGCAUUGAAAAUGAAUCUUAACAUGUUAGUCAUUUUUUGUGUCGCUCUAAAAUGGUGAGUAAUAACAUUUCCCUUAAUAUUUAUUAACAGAAACAUAAGUAAAAAGAAAUGUCAUCACAUCAUUAAUAACAAAAUAUUUACAUCUUGCCCUAAUAACAAAAUUUCCAUUUACCACUUGACCUUUUAAAAAAAAUAAUUUUCAUUUUUACUUGACCUGGGACUGAGAGCUUGUUAUAAAUGUGUUUGUGUGCCUUGACUAAUUUCUCAGCAAGACACUACCAAAUCAGAUGGCCAGUUCAAGAAGACAGCUAGUAAUGCAAAGUUGAGACGUUAUUUACCUGAUUUUAAAUUCACCCCUAUUAAACAAGGUAAGACAGUAGGAUGUGAAGUUUUGAAUAAAAAGGUUAUGAAAAGUCGCAAAAAAGAAAAAACAACUUACAUUUAUUGUAUAAUUUUAAAUGCUUUAUAUUUAUUGAUACAUUUUUUUUUUUCAGCUAUCAAGGAAACUUGUGAUUGGUAUGAGGCUAACAUUAACACUGCUCGUCAUUAAUGAAAAUGACAAUAAAUGAGGACUUUUUUUUAAGAUACCGGGUACACUUUUCAAUGAGUAUGAGGAUCAAUAUGGCUUUGUAUUGACUGUCCCAAAAAAAUUCAUUUACCUCACAAGUAUUGAUUGCUUUUAACAUUUCUUUUGGUGAUACUAAACUAAAGAAGCCUGAAAUUGUAAUAUUAAAUUAUUUUAUCACCCUUCAUUGUACGAACAAUUAUUGUGUAAAUUGAAGACAAUCCAUUCCCACUUCUAUAAUAAUAUCUGCAGCUCAUUGUGAUAAGGUGCAUUGUUUUUGCUUUUGAAAUGUAGGCACUGUAACAUGUUUUUGCUGGUUCAUUUAAAGUUAAGGCUUUUUACUAUGAUGAUACCUCUAUAUUAUUUGGCACAGCUCUUGUUGAUUUAAAGCGUUUCUCUUACUUUUUUUAAGAUGAAGACAGUAAGGAGUGUAACCAUUUUUGUGAGACUGUAAAUGCAAAAAUAUACUUGUUUAUGCUUGGUAGUUUACUGUGGAUUAUUGUAUUAGUCUAUCCUUUUGUUGCUGUGAGACAUUUUUUUUUUUUUUUUUGGCUUAGGAAAGGUGUUACAAGUCAGGUAAAAUUACACUUUUAGUACAAUCUGUUUAAUCAAUAAUUUACUCACAAAAUAUAAUGUCAUUAAUGUUACAAACUGUCAGAUUCCAGGGAUGAACAUACCAUUGAAUUGUUAUAGACAUUUACUCAAUUGAAACAAUCUCACAUAUAAGAAAUUUACACAUUGUAGAAAGUCAGUAUUAGUCAUUCAUCAAUCAUAUUUUUCUGAACAAAAGGAAAUUGUAACUUUAAUUUAUGUUGUAUUCUUAUAAGAAAAGACUUGAUAAAUUAUAGGAUCAUCAAUGCUAUGUUGUAUAAACUAAGCUAUUCAAUUUUAAAUAAAAGCUACAUGAAAUGAGUCUCCAAUUAUCCUCAAGCUUAUGUUUUGUUGACUAAACCAAUGUAAUCACAUAUUAUAAUAUCUUACGACUGCUAGACCUUAUAAUACUUUUAAACAUUUUUAUGUACUUGUGUUUUUUGUCAGUUAUGUUGAAGGCAGUUUAGUAUUUUUUAGCAACUGUACCUCCUCAUUUGAAGAGUAGGGUGAACUAUUUUUUCUUGUUGAUAGUAAUAAAUCUGUGAUUUUAUAAUUUUCUGUUACUAGGAACUGUGUUAUAUAAUAUGUUUCUUUUCAUCAAUUCUUAUAUAAAAAGGGAAAUUUAAUUAUUUUCUGACAUCAUGAAUCCAAUUUUUAUGAAAGAUGCAGUUUUUUAAAAGAAUAUUUGGGCAUCUUUGCAUACAUUAUAAUAAUUAGAAAUCAAUUCUGAGUAUCACCAUUAAAUUUUUUUUUUUUAGAUCAGACAGUGUUUGAAUGUUCUGCAACUACCACUUAAUUUUAGUUCUGUAUGUUAAAUGCUCAAAUGUAUUUUUGGUUUGUUCUGUGGAAUCUUUUAUGUUUGCACCAUAAUAUUUUAUCUUUUAUAAUAACAUGAGGGAGGUAAUUAAAUAUAGUCUGUGGGUAGCAUAUUUUGUUAAAACUCUUUGGGUAAUAAAAUUUGUAAGUUA